CUCGUCUGCCUUGUUUUGUUUAUGUUAUAUCCUUGGCGCCCUCUCUGCAUAUCCACAGAGAGAGAGAGAGAGAGAGAAACUUAGAGAGAGAAAGCUGAGGAUUUAAUCAUUUUCUCUUCUUGUUUGUUUUAGAUGGGUAAUGAUUGGAGUUUUGUUUUGUUGAGAUUGAGGGCACAAAUUUGCUUGAUUUUGUGGUUGUGAAAUGGGAGUGAUGAUGAGUUUGUUUAACAUCAUCGUCUUCAAAUGAAGGCACUCUGAAUUUCUGCUCGAAAUUUAAUCGACAGGAGUAGUUUCGAGGUAAAGCUUUUUUUCUUUUCUUUUUUUUUUAAUACCAAAUUGAGUAAUAUAGAUAUAUUCCCCAUAGGGACAACAAGUAUAUAUGUAUGUAUAGGGUGGUGGUGUAUAUAUCUGGUGAAAACAAUCAAUAGAUUGUAUAAAGAAAGAUUAGGACAAAAUCUUUACAAUCACUUGAUGAAGAAAGCUAUUUGUAUCUGAAAUUAAUGCAAAUGCAUUAUUAGCCAUUAAAGCCUCAUGCAUUGAAGGAAGGAGGACCAUACGAAAACGCUUCGGAAAAUCCUUAAGCACUUUUGUUGAAGAAGAUUGUGCUGAGAAAUGGCUUGUAACCAAUCCGAAAUGCAAGAGCCGAGCAUCGACACCGAUAAGCUCAGCUACGAGAUUUUCUCAAUCCUCGAAAGCAAAUUCCUCUUCGGCUACGACGACCAGAAGCUGUGGAUUCCGAAGCCGAUUCCUCCGGAGACGGAACCGAAGUCUGGACUAUCGACUCCGACGACAACCGAUAACGGAGUCCAAUCAAUCAAGAACCAGAGGGGCAAAAUCUGCAUACUCAGCAUUGACGGUGGUGGAAUGCGAAGCAUUCUAUCAGGAAAAGCCCUAGCCUACCUCGAAAAUGCUCUGAGGACAAAAUCGGGGAAUCCAGAUGCCAGAAUCGCCGAUUACUUCGACGUCGCAGCCGGCGCCGGCGUCGGAGGAAUUUUCACGGCGAUGCUCUUCGGCACCAAAGACCACAGCCGUCCGAUUUUCCAAGCGGAGGACACGUGGAAGUUUCUGGCUACGCAAGGAAAGAAAUUUUACCGUUCAUCCUCCGGUUCAGGUUCCGGCGGUGGGAAAAUUAUCAAGAAAAUUUUACGCAGCCGUUCAGGCAGCGCCACCGGUUCAUCGACGGCCGGUCUGGAAAAAUCGAUGAAAGAGGUGUUUAUAGACAGCGGAAGGAGUUUGACGUUGAAAGACACAUUGAAGCCGGUUCUGAUACCCUGUUACGAUCUCUCUAGCUCGGCUUCCUUUGUGUUCUCGCGAGCCGAUGCUUUGGAAACAGACAGCUUCGACUUCCGGCUCUGGGAGGUUUGCCGGGCUACAUCGGCUGAACCGGCAGUGUUUGAACCGGUUUCGAUGAGUUCGGUGGAUGGGCAGACCCUGUGCUUAGCGGUCGACGGGGGAUUGGCGAUGAGCAACCCAACGGCGGCGGCAAUCACGCACGUGCUACACAACAAGCAGGAGUUCCCGUUCGUGCGAGGAGUGGAGGACAUUUUGGUACUUUCACUAGGAACCGGUCAGCUACUUGAAGGAAGCUACGACUACGAGCAAGUCAAGCGCUGGAAGGCCAAGGACUGGGCUCGACCCAUGGCUCGUAUCUCCAGCGACGGCUCAGCGGACUUGGUGGACCACGCCGUGUCGAUGGCGUUCGGUCAAAGCCGUAGCAGUAACUACGUCCGCAUCCAGGCAAAUGGAUCCACCUUGGGACGUUGCGGGCCUAAUGUUGACUCAGACCCCAGCUCCGGCAACGUAAAGAUGCUCAUGGGAAUAGCCGACGAAAUGCUGAAGCAGAAGAAUGUUGAAUCUGUGCUCUUUGGUGGUAAGCGAAUUGCAGAACAGAGCAAUUUCGAUAAACUUGAUUGGUUUGCUGGAGAGCUUGUGCUGGAGCAUCAGAGGAGGAGUUGCAGAAUAGCUCCCACUGUUGCAUUCAAGCAAGCCACCACCCCUGGAUCCACCUAGACAAUUCUCAACAGAAAAAUACAAAAAAACAAAAAAAUGGUAUGCUUUUGUUUUAAUCCUGUUUCUAUAUAGUUCCGUGCAUUGAUUGGUAUUGUCACAUUACAUGAUCUUUAUCACUCAUCACAUCUAACUUAAGCUUUGCUCAUAUCAAAUUGGCCCCAGCUCAAUUUUUAUAAUUGUAACAACUCAUGUAACCGAUAUCUUUUUAUUUUUCUUUAUGUAAUCUCUUUAUAUACUUUUGCAUAUAUGGAUUUCAUGAAUCAUAAUCA